AUGGGCGAGAAGGCGGUCUCUUUGCUAAGGAGGAGGCGGGUGAAAAGAAGCUGCCCUUCUUGUGGCCCGGAGCUUGGGGAUGAAGAGAAGAAGGGGAGAGGAAACCCGAUUUCUGUCCAGUUGUUCCCCCCAGAGCUGGUGGAACAUAUCAUCUCAUUCCUCCCAGUCAGAGACCUUGUCGCCCUUGGCCAGACCUGCCGUUACUUCCAUGAAGUGUGCGAUGCGGAGGGGGUGUGGAGACUCAUCUGUCGCAGGCUGAGUCCGCGCCUCCGAGAUCAGGGUUCUGGAGUCCGGCCCUGGAAGAGAGCUGCCAUUCUGAACUACACGAAGGGCCUGUAUUUUCAGGCAUUUGGAGGCCGCCGCCGAUGUCUCAGCAAGAGCGUAGCCCCCCUGCUAGCCCAUGGCUACCGCCGCUUCUUGCCCACCAAGGACCACGUCUUCAUUCUUGACUAUGUGGGAACCCUCUUCUUCCUCAAAAAUGCCCUAGUCUCCUCCACCCUCGGCCAGAUGCAGUGGAAGCGGGCCUGUCGCUAUGUUGUGUUGUGUCGUGGAGCCAAGGAUUUUGCCUCAGACCCAAGGUGUGACACAGCUUACCGAAAAUACCUCUACGUCUUGGCCACUCGGGAACAGCAGGGAGUGGUGGGUGUCACCAGCAGCCGGGCCUGUGACUGCGUGGAGGUCUACCUGCAGUCUAGUGGGCAGCGGGUCUUCAAGAUGACAUUCCACCACUCCAUGAGCUUCAAGCAGAUCGUGCUGGUUGGUCAGGAGACCCAGCGGGCUCUACUGCUCCUCACAGAGGAAGGAAAGAUCUACUCUUUGGUAGUGAAUGAGACCCAGCUGGACCAGCCACGCUCCUACACGGUUCAGCUGGCCCUGAGGAAGGUGUCCCACUGCCUGCCUCACCUGCGCGUGGCCUGCAUGACUUCCAACCAAAGCAGCACGCUCUACAUCACUGAACAGGGGGGAGUGUAUUUUGAGGUGCAUACCCCAGGGGUGUAUCGAGAUCUCUUUGGGACCCUUCAAGCCUUUGACCCCCUGGACCAGCAGAUGCCGCUUGCUCUCUCACUGCCUGCCAAGAUCCUGUUCUGUGCUCUUGGCUACAAUCACCUUGGCCUGGUGGAUGAAUUUGGCCGAAUCUAUAUGCAAGGAAAUAACAGAUAUGGGCAGCUAGGAACAGGGGACAAAAUGGACCGAGGGGAACCCACACAGGUUCGUUACCUGCAGCGGCCCAUCGCACUGUGGUGUGGCCUCAACCACUCCCUAGUGCUGAGCCAGAGCUCGGACUUCAGCAAGGAGCUGCUGGGCUGCGGCUGCGGGGCUGGGGGCCGCCUCCCCGGCUGGCCCAAGGGGAGUGCCUCCUUUGUCAAGCUCCAAGUCAAGGUCCCUCUGUGUGCCUGUGCCCUCUGCGCCACCAGGGACUGUCUCUACAUGCUAUCCAGCCAUGACAUUGAGGAGCACACCUCCUAUCGUGACUUGCCAGCCAGCAGGGUGGUGGGGACGCCCGAGCCCAGCCUAGGGGCCGGAGCACCCCAGGACCCUGGGGGGACGGCCCGGGCCUGCGAGGAGUACCUCAGCCAGAUCCACAGUUGCCACACAUUGCAGGACCGCAUGGAGAAGAUGAAGGAGAUCAUAGGGUGGAUGCCCCUGAUGGCCGCACAGAAGGACUUCUUCUGGGAGGCCCUGGACAUGCUGCAGAGGGAUGUGGGAGGCGGGGGUGGGCCCCCAGCCCCUGAGAGCUAA